CCGCUAUUUCCGCGUUAACUACAACUCCCAGCAGUCUGUGCGCGGCCGGAAGCCUUAACACUCCCGUCAAAGAAGAGAAGUAGCCGAUACAACCGAAGUUUCCAUAAGGUUUGUGUUGCAUGUCUACAUGAUGAAGAGUAAGGCAGAUGAAGAAGAUUACUGGAACAGCUCCAAGUUCAAAGCCUUCACCUUUGAUGAUGAAGAUGACGAGUUCAGCAGGUUAAAGGAGUCGAAGCGGGCGGUAAACAGCAUCCGCUACCUGGUGGAGGAAGACGAUGAUGAAGAAGAGGUGGAGAAGGUCAGCUGGAGCGGAGAGCCUGUCGGCAGUAUUUCCUGGUCGGUCAGUGAGACGGCAGCGUCCAAUCAGAAAGCAGACAGAGAGCCCGCCUUCCCCAAAGUCAGCGCCGACUCGGGACCCAUGAGCAGGAGUCACUCGGGUUACUCGCUGAGCUCGCUGUUCAAAGGAAAAACUAAAGGAGGAAACUUCCAGUCACUCGCCGACUCACCCAGCGACCCGUCUGUCAGGCUCUAUGCCCCAGAACUAAGGAAACCCAAGUCUGAAUACAAGGAUUAUGUCAGUGAUUGGUCUCCUGAAGAAACGGUCCAAAGAAUGCAGCAAGGAAAGGUCGUGUCACUAGAGAAGUUUCGUUCUCUUCAGGAUAAACUUUUGCUUCUGGAUUACGCCGUCAACGCUCACGAUGGAAACGUCAUCACUGCUGUUUUAAUUUAUUUAAAGAGGACUCUGAGUAAAGAGGUUUUGUUUCGAGAGCUGGAGUCCAGACAGACGGCUCUGAGGCAUUUGAUCCACUAUCUGACUGAGACCAGAGACCAGAGGCUUCUGUUGGAGCUGCUCAGAGCUCUGGGCAGGAUGGAGGAUGUGGCGCUGUUGCAGUAUAAAGAACACCUGAGCAUCGCUGAUGAAAACAGAAGGCGGGACUUUCUAAAGAACUGCCUGAGUCUUCCAUUUUCCCCAGAAGAUUCUGCUCAUGUUCAGGAUCACUACACUCUGCUGGAGAGACAAGUUAUCAUCGAGACCACCGACCGACAGGCAGAACGUGGUGGAAAGGUGGAAGUUUUCCAGAAGUUUCCCAGAAAAGCAUCAAUCCUCAACAUGCCAAUGAUCACGACGCUGUACUACUGCUGUUUCUACCACUACACCGAGUCAGAGGGAACCUUCAGCUGUCCAUUAAAUAUCCGUCAGACUUUCAAGAUUUCGGAGAAGCAGUAUUUUGUGACGGCGUUGGCAGCUCGGGCGAAGCUCAAGGCGUGGUCGGACGUGGACGCUUUAUUCACCAGCAGGAACUGGCUCGGCUUCACCAGGAAGAAAUCACCGCUCAGCUUCCAAAGAGUUGUUGACAUCCUGCAAAAAAACUCCGCCCCCACACAGGUGUUGCAGAACUACGUGGCGCUGGUUGAUGAUGCGGAGCUCCGGAUCUCUUUGGCUCAGAAACAUAAAUGUCACGACAUUGUCAUCAACACGUACCGGGACCUGAAGGACCGGCAGCAGUUGCUAGGAUACCAGGUGAAGUUGAAGAGAGGAUCAGCGGAGGAGAGGAAGAUCGACGAGCUGCUCAACAACCCGCAAAUACGGUGGAAGAACUGAUGACCUGAAGACUUUGUUUUAAAUAAAAACCACUUUUUCCUGUGUGACGAUAAACGGCGUCACCGUGACAACAGAACGCAACAGACGAGCACUUUGUUUGGCUCAGUACACUGGUUCUUGUUGUUGGGGGUUUUGUUUCUGCUGAGUCAUCUGUUUGAUUCAAUGUUUGGAUAAAUAAAUUAAAAUAAUUUAAAUGUACUCUUUACAUGGAGGAGAGGAAAUUAAAUGAAGUUUGAGGUUCAUGAUCAGAUAUCAAUUUAAAACAAUAAAUAAAACUCAAUGUUAAAAGUUAA